AUGGAUAAAGUUCUUUGUACAUGUGUUUGGUGUCUUCGAGAAUCAGAUAAUCAUGGCAAAUUAGUUAGUAGAUCAACCCGAGCAAGACAUUCAUUAAAACAAAAAACAACUUGGCCUAAUUCAACACAUAUAUCUGCUCAACAACGACAUCUAAUCACUUCUAUUUCUUCAGCAGUUGGAUCAAUAUCAUUACCCACCACCCCAGUAAUAUCAUUAUCAUGUAAUAGUCAAGAGCCAGAUGACUUAGAAUACCACGAAACUAUAGAAAAAGAAGAGACUUUUAGUAAUAAUAGUAAAUAUGAUGAGGAAGAUUACAAAGAUUAUAAUAAAAAAGAUUAUGAAAAUUAUAAUGAGGAGUAUAAUGAAGAGUAUAAUGAAGAGUAUAAUGAGGAGUAUAAUGAGGAGUAUAAUGAGAAGUAUAAUGAGAAGUAUAAUGAGGAGUAUAAUGAGGCAUGCAAUGAGGAAGAUAAUAGAGAAGCUAGUGAAGAAGGUAGUGAGGAUAAUAAUAAGAAAGGUAAUGAGAACAAUAAUAAGGAAUUUGAUAAGGCAGCAUUUAAUGAAAUUCUUAGAACUUUAGAGAUUUCUGGAGUUACACUUUAUAGACUUCAAAAGCUUCUUGGAAAUCUUGUACCCUUUAAACCAAAACUACCUCCACAUAGUGUAUUGAGAUGCCAAUAUAAUCCUAAGAACCUACCAUUACAAACACAUAAAAAUUAUUUGCGAGAUAUUGCUACUAUAGAGCAUUUAAAUGGAUUAUUACUUAAAUGCGAAGUUCAGGAAAGAGGUAAAGUAUAA